AUGGGACGAGCAACGAGAUGGUUCAAGAGAUUGUUUGGCACCAAGAAGAGCCUCGUUUCGGAUUCAGAGAAAGAACAGAACGAACACGCAAUUGUUGUUGCGACCACAACAGCUACAACUGCAGAAGCAGCGGUUUCGGCAGCUAAAGCGGCCGAGUCAGUGGUUACAGGAGAUAUCAUCACGAGGGACGAGCGUUGGGCCGCUGUGAAAAUUCAAAAAGUCUUCAGGGGCUCUCUGGCGAGGAAAGCGUUACGUGCACUGAAAGGUAUAGUAAAGCUACAAGCUCUAGUGAGAGGAUACUUGGUUAGGAAACGCGCUGCUGUGAUGCUGCAUAACAUGCAAACUUUGGUUAGAGUCCAAACCGUUAUGCGGUCUAAACGCAAUCGCCGUCUCCACAAAGAGUACAACGACAUGUUUCGACCACGACAUUCCCUUGCUGAAGUAGCGGCCGGCGACGCAUUCAAGAGGAGAUCUAAGUCUAGAAAAAAGCACGAUGUUGAUUCAAUGUCUGAACAUGAAGACGGUUUUGCUUACCAAAGGAAUGAUUUGGAGUUGAAUCUACCCAAGGAGAAGUGGAAGUUUGCGAGGACGCCUAGAUUAUCAUCUUCAUUGCACAACCACUCGGCUAAUAAUCGUUACUACGUUAUGCAGUCUCCUGGUAAGAGUGUUUGCGGAAACGCUACGUGUGAGUAUGGAAUGAGUACUCCUGGCUACAUGGAGAAAACGCAGUCGUUUAAGGCGAAGGUGCGUUCGCAUAGCGCACCGCAUCAGCGAUCUGAGAGGAUAAGGUUGUCGCUAGAUGAGGUUAUAGCGUCAAGGAGUAGCGUUAGCGGCGAGAGUUUGCAGCAGCAGCCGCGCUAUUCUUGUUCCUAA